GAUGAAAUCUGCAACAGGCUGAGGUUCCUUCAAAAUGCUAUUGGUCCAGUGCCAAGUCCUUUUGACUGUUACCUUGCCAAUCGUGGUCUUAAAACUCUUCACUUGAGAAUGUGUCAACAUGAAAUUAAUGCUACAGCUGUUGCAAAAUUUCUGGAAGGAAACCCCAGGGUAGAGAAAGUUAUGUAUCCAGGUCUGGAAUCAUACCCACAGCAUGAACUUGCUAAAAAACAGAUGACAGGCUUUGGUGGUAUGGUGACUUUUUUCAUUAAAGGGAAUUUGGAGAAUUCCAGAAAGUUUUUCAAAUCAUCUAAGUUAUUUACACUUGCCGAGAGUCUUGGUGGUUUUGAAAGCCUGACAGAACUACCGGCAAUAAUGACCCAUGCAUCAGUUCCUGCAGAUCAAAGGGAAGUAUUAGGAAUAUCAGAUACACUGAUUCGUUUAUCAGUGGGACUUGAAGAUACUCAAGAUUUGAUUGAUGACUUGGACCAGGCCCUCAAACAAGCGGUAAAUUGAAUGGACUUGUGCAAAAUAAUGAGAUAAAUUUAAAAUUAAUUAAAGAUUGGAGCUCAAUACAGUG